AAGGGUUCCCGAGGCAGGUACGGGGACAACGGCGAGUCAGGGAGUGCCUGUUGCAGAGAGGCAGAAAAGCGGCUGGUGAGAGAGAAGAGAGAAAGAAAGAGCGAGAAAGAGAGGGGCCCGAUGGAUCGUAGUGGGGCCCAGUCGGUCGGAGUCUCACGCCUUCCGUCAGUCCUCAGUCCGACGAGGAACGUACAGGCGGUCACAGCUCGUUAUUCCACUGGCUGUUGCUCGUUUCGUGGGGGUUCCAUCAACGGAGACUUGUCCAAACCGGAAGGAGCAGUGUCCUCGGUGUAUCGAUCGACCACGGCUGUGCUAAAAGCUGAAACAGAAAGAGGAACUUGGCGAGCAGGUCUGAUCACCAGGCCCAGGCGGUCGCAGCGCCAUCUGUGCGACGAGCCGAUGAGGCGCGGAAGAACGUCGAAGACAGCGGCUCGCGUGGCUGACGCCUGCGGCCGCGCCUCUGGAUUCCAGCAGCGGCGACACACCGCUCAACGGGCCCGUUGAAUUCCAACCUAGCGUCUGUGAGCGUUCGAGUUUGUCGGUGUGCCGUGCUUACCUACUGUCCCGUCGAUCGGUACACGUGGAGGUGAGGGGCGACCAAGAGGACGUAGACGCCACUGGUGUACACCGCAUACCACAGGAGGACCUGGCCCCCGAAGGAAGGAGAACGGUGGGAGGUUGGAAAAGGUUGGCAAGAGCUGGCCUCGUGGAAGAAAGAAAAGACGAGGAGGUGGUAGAAGGGAAGCCAGGUAGAAAGAAAAGAGGAACGCUGGUACCUUGGUGGGGAGCCGUCAGAAGGCGGCCAUAAUGGCCUGACGCGAUCUCGAGCGAGCGGCGGCUACAGCUGCUGCGAAAUAGCCGAGAGCGGCUCUCCUCGUCGUCCACGCACGCGUAUUUUGCAACCGCGGACGGGCUGCGUCUUUGGAAAGUGACUGCGUAAUCGCGAGUGGAGUGUGUUACCGGGUGGAGUCGUCGUUUCGUUCCGUGUGCACCGUACGCUCGCGUGUUUGCUCGAAUUCCCCCGUGGGUCCGAUGCUUGUUCUUCGGAUGGUGUUCGAUGAUUCGGAUUCGACGGUUCUCGAUCGUUGCUAAUCUCUUCAGGAUCGCGUAUGCUCUGUUCCUGCUUUGAUUUAUUGCUAUAUCUGAAGAGGAAGACUACCAGAGGCUAGAACAGUUGGACCGGUUGCCUGGACCAGUUCAAUCUACUCGAUCGAUUUCAAAAAUGAGGGGUGCUAAUCAAGAUUCGGCUACGCCGUACUGCCGGUGCCGAGUUCUCUAUCUGGGCAGCUCUGUGCCUCAUGCGAGCAAGGAAGGUUUGUUAGGUGUUCAGGAACCUCUUCGAGAACUGUAUCCCGAGCAGGGUGCUCUAGGAGCACGUGGAAUCGAUUCUUGGCUAAGCGUCUGGAGCAACGGCCUGUUGCUGGAGAACGUGGACGAACACCGCAAGAAGGUCACCAGGUUUUUCCCGAUUGAGGCGCUUCAUUACUGCGCCGCAGUCAGGCACGUAAAAGGCGGAAGCGGAGAUUCCUCGAACACGAGGUUCCUGCCUCUCGACUCUCCAUUCGCGAGGACGCCUAGCGCCAAUCAUCCGCCACUUUUUGCCGCCGUCUUACGACGAACGACCGGCAUCAAGGUUCUCGAGUGUCAUGCGUUUAUAUGCAAGCGCGACAUGGCUGCCAACGCCCUGGUCAGGUGUUGUUUCCACGCGUACGCGGAUAGUAGCUACGCUAAGGGACUGGACCCAAGUACGACGACGACCAACGGAGUUACAUCUGGUCAUCCUUCGAAUAACAGCCUCUAUCACACCCUCGGUGGGUCCAGCACCACCUUAGACAGCCCUCAGGCAACGCGUUUGGACGCGACCUCGACCGACGACCUGAGUCUUUACAACGGCGACGAGAAUCACAAAGUCUGGGCCAGAGGUCGGGAUGAGGUUGACGGAUUGUAUCAAGAACAAGGAACACUACGAAGCACCAAGGGUUCCAGACCUCGUCAGCUGGUUGGUCCGCCUCCUCCUCCACCGCCACCACCUCCUCCAGCUCAGCCUCUACUGCUGGAGGAAUCUUCGUCCUCUUCCGUUCGUCGAAAGGCCAACAAGAAGUUAAAGAAACUGAAAAAUCGGUCAUCGCAUGAGGAUCCACUGCAGCAGCCGCACCUUCAUCCUCAGAUGCAUCAAGGAAUGUACACAAAUGGCUACGGACAUCAUACCUUGGGUCAUCCAGUCAGGCAGCAGCACUAUCACCCUCAUCCUCUACCACCUAGCAGUCGAUCGGUAGCUGGAACUCUAGCCAGACCAGCGCCAGUGCUUCUUGUGCCUGCUGCCACAUUACCCAGGAAGGCACACCAUCAUCCCAGAGGACUCAGACCAAUUCCAGCAGCCGCUCCAAUUGUUCCAGUAUACGCUCCUGUCCCGGUGGUUCCACCGCCGCCAGCGGCGGCUAUCUAUCCAGCUGGAACAUAUGGAACUGCUGGGAAUAGAAGCAGAAGAAGCCAUCCUGAAGGCGAUACCUCUACUUUAGGAGCGUCCAGGAGAUUGGCCGCGUCACACGCUGAUCUAACCAGCGCGGAGAUGAAUCGAGCCGCCGACAGUCCUGAGAAUGAGUCCCGUUUCGGCACCGGCAUCUAUCGACGGAAGGGCCAUCUGAACGAGAGAGCAUUUUCUUACAGCAUCCGGGCCGAACAUCGCAGCAGGAGCCACGGUAGUCUGGCCUCCUUGGGAUUCAGCGGGCAGAACGGCAAUGCGUUACCUAAGGAAGAAAAGAAGGAUAGAGAAAUAGCCCAACUAGUGGCUGGCUUGAACCUGGACGACAGUCCGGAGAGGACGCAGCCUCCGGUGAACUCAAGGAGCGGCUACUCUCAUCAUCAACAACAUCAGCUCCAGCCGUUACCCAGGCCUCGGCCUCGUUAGGACCUCUCCACUUCCUUCGUUGACUCGCAAGUGCGUCAGAACCUCGGAAUACACGUUGCUGGACCGUUUGCCGCGUGUUCUUCGGGCCAACCAUUCGUAAACUUUGGCCCAUCGGUUGAUUCAGCCGAGGUUUCGUUAAAGGACGACUAUCGCUCGACAAAAAUGAGUGAUGCCUUCAGUCGAACAUGGACGAUCAGUUGCUCAAUGACUCAGAGAACCAGUUUAUAGUGCGAACCGAUGAAUCUGAACGUUCGACUCUAACUGAUGAUUUUCAUUUGAAUCACAAUGAGAUACAGAUGUUUCGUAAUUUUUGAGCCAACUGUUUGAGCUCGUUUCUGUGAGGUCCAUCGUGGAAUUUUAAGUAGGGCACUUGUUCGAUGGAAGAAGGAACUUCUUUCUCGCGGCGUUAGCGUGGAAAAUCGUGAUGGGUGGUCUGGCUUGAAGAGCGUUCAACUGGUUCAGUUGGCUUUCGAUUCUCGGAACAACCUUGCCCGAGUAGGAAAAUUACGGUUCAAGAAAAAAGCUGAUGGCACCCGGUCUCAUCUUCGUCGCUGGUUUCUACCUGUGACCUCCUUCGUCUUAUCUCGAAAGUCGAUCGUCUUUGUCAAAUUAAGGACUUCGAUCGAUGCACCUUAACGGUUCGAAGUAACGUCGAAGAGAACUUCAUAAGAAUUCAUUUCGAAAUUCUUUAGAUAUAAAAAUUUUAGUUUGUUGUUUGAGAGACCUUCGGACCUUGUUGUUGACGGAAGAUGUUACGGAAGACGACCUUCCUGUUAUAAAAACGAGCCAGUUAAUUAGACAUAAUUAGAAUUAUUGUCACCUGAUGAAAAAGAUUGUUCUGAUGGCUGGAGCUCGUUAGUCAACGAAACUGUCCACGCUACGUCGUAAUAUUUCCUCUGAGAAAACGAACCAGUAGCUUUAUCAUCGUUUCAUGGAAACUAGGCUCUCGUGGAUCCAAUGACAGGAAGGGAAUAAUUUGAAAACUCAUUGACGAAAUCACGUGCAUAAUUUGAUUUAUAACGAAGAUGAGGCAACGGGUAUUCGAAACAAUCGGAGGAUUAUUUUUUAUUUUCUUCGUUUCUGAUAGCAUUGCACGAUGUCGCAUGGUAUUUCGUGACGUUAAGGUUUUUCUAUGUUUUUCGUAGACUAUCGAACAAUCGUAUCAGCAAUUUUCUCCUGGAAAAGGUAAUGCAGCGAUUUAAAUUCCCGCCGCAUGAUUUUCAGUCGGUUCUCGUGGGAACGUGAACGUUAAUCUUAAUUGCGUGAGAAAAAAUUACACACACGGUGGAUCGAGGGUUUCGAGAGGCUCGGUUAUAAAACCUGCUCUUUCACCUUUAUUUUUUCUUCGCGAAAGAAACUAGGGACUAAAGGUUUCCUAUAAACUUGUCCAGUUCUACCUUUCGAGGGUUAAUUAUUAAUACUUCAACAGCCGACUAUUUUUCGUAAAAAAUAAAUUUCUUUCCGAGUUUCAUUGAUUGUAUCGAUUACCGAUGAAAAAUGUCGCCCCUGUUUCGUAACGAGUUUCUCCGUUCUCGUAACAGCGAUGGAAAAAGCAAUGUUUCAAGAUAUUCCGAGUGCAAUGGACCGAAUUACGGUAUCUAAUGCAUAAUCGGUUGCAUUAGAUUUUUCUAUGGAGAACAUUUCGACCCACGUGUUGUCAUAGUUCCUUUUACUUCGUUCCUAUACAGUUCUGCAUCUUUCCACUCGUAGUAUUUCAAGGAUAUAAACGUCAAAAAAAUGAAUAUAAAACAAAUUAGUUAUUAGAAACGAGAGAAAUUAUCUCUAUCCAAUGUCGAUGAAAAAUCCUCCGAUUGUUUCGAUCAAGGACCAAUACCAUGUAAAUAAAAUAUAAGCCACUGAAAUUUAAUUUCCACGCUAAAGUCACGAAUUUUCUUCUUCCAACAUCAGAUAUUCUCAAGACGGUAGUGCCUUCGUUUUAUGCGAACUUUGUCUGAUAAUUGGGAGGAGGAGCGCGGUACAGCGCAUCCCUCAAAUGAUCCAGCAUGGGAAUCAGUGCCAAACGCCGUGAAGCGUCCGACUUGGCGAACUGUAUCGACUUUUUGCCCUUCUCGACCGAUUCUUUCGAUCCUUUCGCCAUGCUGAAUUCAGCGGAGACCUCUUGGACCCGGUUUACUCGGAUCCGAAACGAGUUUAACACGGAUGACGAGGGGGUUUUCACGAAUUCGCCUUGUCAUUCGAUUAUCAGGCUGGAACGAGAGGUCCGCUCGCGUGUUUCUUGCGCUUGACACAAGUUAAAUUAACCCUUCGCCAAUCUGCUUCUCAAAUUACCCUUUGAUUUCAUCAUUUUUUGUCAAUCACAGACGAGUUACUCUCGUCGACGGUCCAAGAAUUUAUUUGUAAAUUUUUCAUAACGGAAGGGUUGAAUGAACGAGUGGCUAUCUUGUGAAAGAAAAAAGUGAUCGAGCUCCAAGUCGGACAACAGGUGCAACUGGAACUUAUUUAUUUAAUCGCAUGUGCCAGAUGAUCGUAGAAAAAUCGCCCAGCGUGUUUUCAGCUCGACGAUAGUUAUUCUAUUUUAACCCUUUAACCGAGCAGAAACUCGUUCGUUAACCCGUGUCGAAUAUUUGCUGAGUAAAACUUCCGUUCACCAGUGACCCCUACAGCAGUCGUUUUUUCCUCGUUCAAAAAAAUAAUGCAAAAUUAAUAUAACAUUAGAUCGUGUGGAACGAGAUGUUUUACUCGGCAAAUGAUUCCACGUUACAGUUAAAGGGUUGCGAAUUCAUUAAGGAUCGGUAGUAGUUAGAGUUACUUAGGAUUUCUCGCGGUACAAUCGCUAUUGUAUGAAAUCAACUCUUCGUUGUGGCGGGUAAAUAAUUGACUACUGUAUAUCAAGUGGAAACAUAUUAAACGAAGAUCGCCAAACGAAGAGUUGAUCGAGGAAAAAAAAUGUGCGAACUUUGUUGCGAGGCGCGAACGAUUAUUUAUUUUAUCGUAGCCUGUGCGCUCGUCCCACGAACCUCUACCCUCAUGAAUAAACUGCGGAUGUUUAUGCAAUUGUAACGUGUUAAAUUAUGCAAAGUAUAUGCGACAAUGCGAUGAAUCAUUUCUUUCUCAGACUGAUGGAUAUACUUUUAAAAAAAAGGCGCGAGUAUAUGUGACUUGGAGGAUAAGCAAAAAAUUGUUACUAUUUGAUGCACAGUUGCUCGAGGAUUAUAAAGAUAAAUAAUUAGUUUUCAAAUUAAAAAAGAAUGGCUAUUAUGUUAUUUUUUUCAUCAUUUGUUUAAACAUUCGCAGUCUAGUCGUGAAAAAUAAUGUAUUUAUCGCACAAAGAACUCGAUGGAAUCUCUUGUUCGUGUUUCCCGUCGUUUCAUUGCGCUCGAAAUCGCACGAGCUCCUCUCGUGACACGCUUACGUGUAACCGCGUCCUCUUACGUAAGUUAGCUUCUAAAUAUCACCGACACGAGCGUGUGGAAUGCUGGUACAUAGAAUGUUGAUAAAAUACUUGGCAAUUACAACCAUUAUUUUACAUCGUUCCAUUUUCUUUUUCAAAAAUUUUCUAGGACCGAAAUUUCAAAUAGAUUUGAAUAACUGAAUGAUCGAAGAGGGUUACCAGCGUUGUAGAACACGAGAGAAACAGUGGGAAAGAAUCGUCGGAGUCGAAACGUGAUCGGAGAUCCAUCCUAUCCUCUUGAAUUACUUGUGAACAUGUUAUGUAUAUUGUUACGUGUCGAUUGCCAUUGCAGAAUUAAUUAAUAAUAAACUAACAAUGCAACUAAAA